AUGUUUUCAAUUUUCUUUAUCUUCGAGUUGUUGAGUAAAGAAGAAAUUCAAGCAGCACAAUCAAAAGACCAUGAUAUGAAAGAAGCAUCCAUGAACAGUAAAAGCUCUGUUAUUAUAUCAAUGAGAUGGCUUUCAAUUGAAGAACAGUUUCAUCACUUGGUAUUCGCAAUAACAAUUUCCCAGCUCUUAAAUCUUCCAUUUCAGGUCGACUAUUUAAGAUAUCCUGAGAAUGGAGAACAACCUCAAGAUUAUUUUAAUAUGAAACAAUAUUUGUUGACAAAAUCUUAUGAAAACAACUUUAAUAGGCUUAGAGUUGAUAAAGAAUUAACAUGUAAAGCCUCUGAUUUCUUCACAAAAAAUUCAUCGAAAAAUAUCCUCAUUAGGAACUAUUUGGACAUCGCUGUUUUAUAUGGUAACAAGCAUUUUCAUAACAUAUUAGUAUCACAAUAUGGUUCUCGAGCAGUUUAUCAAAUUGCAAAUCAAUUCAUUCUUAGAGAGAGAACAAAGUAUAAUUCCACAUUUUUGUAUGGAAUUGAUAUAACAGUUUUUAAAUCUAAGAAACUUAAGAACCUCUCUGAUGUAUCAAACAUCAUCCAAUCUUUUGAAAAAAUAUUUAAUGAUCUGAACAUUCAUAAAGAUAACUAUCCUGAUAUGCUAUUCACUUCUAAUGAACCUAAACUCCUUAAGAAGCUCAAAAAGAAGUAUCCAAAGUGUACUUUUAUGCUACAUGGAAAAGAUUCAUUCUUUAAUUUAAUAAAUUGUAGAACAUUCAUAGGAACAUAUAGAUCUGAGUUUUCAAAUGCUAUCAUACAGUCAAGAGCUGAAGGAAAUAAUAUGAUUGAUUAUGGCGAUGUCAAAAUUGAAAAGAUCAACAAUGAAAUGCCCGAGUUAAUUUAUAAUAUAUUAGAUGAAUGCGAAAUAUGUGCUGAUAUUUAUUCAUAUACACUCAGAGUAUGUGGAGAUAAUGAUGCUGAGUUAGCUUAUGUCAGCAAUAAUUUUGUUCAUAAAUAG